AUGGCUAGACCGGUUAGGGCGAGUAAAAGAGGGGAAAUUGCUUCUUCGAUGAGAAAUAUUAUUCCUCGCCAAAAACACCUAGACUGCAUUAAAGAGCUGUGCCCUGAAGUACGAGUGGCUGGCAGCAGAGAUGAUGCUCCUUCUGUAGCGGUCCUUUCGCAAAUUGUAUGCCAGUACAACAAAACGAAACGAAAGCAUCCAAACGAAAUGGAAAGUCUGAGAUUAUUGAAGGAAGAUUUUGAAAAACAACACCAAAGCUAUGCCUGUCUGCAAUAUAUUUUCACUGAACCACCCAGUGUCAUGCUAUGGUCCAAAGAAAGUUUAAUAAUUUUACGCCAACGAUGCAUCGAUGAUGUGGUGUACAUAGACGCAACAGGAAGUAUUGUAAAGAAAAGGAAACAUCCAUUUUAUAUCUAUGAAAUGGUUGUCAGAAGUUCGAUGAAAGGAAAAUCACCGUUUCCUGUCGCUACAUACCUGACAAACCUUCAUUCAACUGCCUCAAUUUUGUCAUUUUUAAACUUCCUGUAUAGCGACUACUGUAAAUUGUUUGGGAAAAGUAGUAGGGUAAGCCCGCGGUAUUUUAUUUGUGAUGGGUCCAUCGUCUUGCUGCAAGCAUUGGCUCGGACAUUCUGCUACGAGCUACUGGAAUCAGUUAUGGAAAGAUACUACAGGAUAGUGGUUGGUCACGGAAACACUAAGGACUUCCAAACACCAAUCAUACACAGAUGUCUGAGCCACAUUAUGAAAAACGCAAAGGUAUUAUAUUUAAAGAACACUCCAAAAAAUUUUACCUUUGCGAUGCACCUCAUCAGACGAGUGGCUAAUGUCACAAUGAUUAACGAACUGAACAGUAUCUUAAUAUCAAUGGAAGGAGGUUUUGGGAGUGAGUUUGAAGGACCACAGGUGACACAAUAUCUGCUUCAACUCCAACAAGCCAUAAAUGAUAACGAAUUUGGUUUAGAGGAAAACGGAGCAACAGCAACUACAGAAUUGGCGGAAACGGAAGAUGACGUUUGCCAGCCUGGAUCUUUUAUGAAAGCAUGCGAAAACAAUAUGGCUCUUGCUAAAAUAACAGACACCGGAAUUAAAAGAAAUAUGCAUUAUUCCCCUGAAUUUUUAUCAUCAUUUAAGAAAGAUCUUUUGCCCAGUGCUCUUCUUUGGACAAAUUUACUAACCGGAAAUCCACCUAGCGAUGAUCACAGAAUUUGCUUUGCUGAUAAUCAAAAAAGACUGUUUAAAAAACGAAAAAUAGAUCUGGAAGUUUGGAAAAAAAGUAAACAGAGGAAAAAGGGAAUUUAUGUCUCUAACCCAAAAAAACCCUUAAUUUUAAUUAAAGACGAGAUUCAGGAAAACCAGUCACUUGUCACUAAACCAGUUACUCUUAUACAGGAACAACCAAUAAUUUUAAAUUCAUUUUGGUCAGAUCUACAAGGCAUUAGUUGGCUGUCAUCAGAUCACAUCAAUCUCGCCAUGUUUAUUUUAAGUUUGCAAUACCCCCACAUUGAUGGGCUAUCUGACACUGACUUUCUCACACAUAUAGGGUUAAACAGCAACUUACCCACGCCACAUGGAAAAUUUAUACAAAUAUUAAACAAAGGAGGAAACCAUUGGAUUACCGUCAGCAACUUUUUUUCUGAACAAAAUAUAAUUGACAUAUAUGACAUUAGACCCACAAAAAUGUUGCCAGAGGAUGAACGGGUGAUUUGUUCCAUUAUGAAGAAUUUCAUUCUUCCAGAACAAAAGAAUGUGAUUAUGCAUCUACACAAAGUUCAGGAAGAAAUCGGCUCGAAUGAUUGCGGGGCCCUAACAAUAGCUUUUGCAUCAUCAUUAGCUUGUGGGCUAAAUCCCACAUGUUGUUCAUACAAACAAGAAAACUUACGUGCAGAGUUGGCAAAAGUAUUCACCUCCAAAUUUUUUCAUCCGUUAGAGGAGAAGAUUACCAACAGAAAGAGUAAGCUAAAAAACAUAGAAAUAAAUCUGUACUGCACCUGCCGUUUGAACCACAUUCCUCACAAGACCGAUGUUAAGGAGAACAUGAUCACUUGUGAUCGAUGUGGAGAAUGGUUUCAUAGAGGUUGUCAACAAAUUCCACAAUCAGCCUUUGAUUUAAAAUCCUACAUUUGCAAAAAAUGCAAUUAA